AUGACAGAGGCCGCCACUGUCAUCCCACAUAUGACAGAGGCCACCACUGUCAUCCCACAUAUGACAGAGGCCACCACUGUCAUCCCACAUAUGACAGAGGCCACCACUGUCAUCCCACAUAUGACAGAGGCCAUCACUGUCAUCCCACAUAUGACAGAGGCCAUCACUGUCAUCCCACAUAUGACAGCACCCACCACUGUCAUCCCACAUAUGACAGCAGCCAUCACUGUCAUCCCACAUAUGACAGAGGCCACCACUGUCAUCCCACAUAUGACAGAUGCCACCACUGUCAUCCCACAUAUGACAGAGGCCGCCACUGUCAUCCCACAUAUGACAGCGGCCACCACUGUCAUCCCACAUAUGACAGAGGCCACCACUGUCAUCCCACAUAUGACAGAGGCCAUCACUGUCAUCCCACAUAUGACAGAGGCCAUCACUGUCAUCCCACAUAUGACAGCACCCACCACUGUCAUUCCACAUAUGACAGCAGCCAUCACUGUCAUCCCACAUAUGACAGCACCCACCACUGUCAUCCCACAUAUGACAGCACCCACCACUGUCAUCGCACAUAUGACAGCACCCACCACUGUCAUCCCACAUAUGACAGAGGCCACCACUGUCAUCCCACAUAUGACAGAGGCCACCACUGUCAUCCCACAUAUGACAGAGGCUGCCACUGUCAUCCCACAUAUGACAGAGGCCACCACUGUCAUCCCACAUAUGACAGAGGCCGCCACUGUCAUCCCACAUAUGACAGAGGCUACCACUGUCAUCCCACAUAUGACAGAGGCCACCACUGUCAUCCCACAUAUGACAGAGGCCACCACUGUCAUCCCACAUAUGACAGAGGCCGCCACUGUCAUCCCACAUAUGACAGAGGCCACCACUGUCAUCCCACAUAUGACAGCACCCACCACUGUCAUUCCACAUAUGACAUCACCCACCACUGUCAUCCCACAUAUGACAGCACCCACCACUGUCAUCCCACAUAUUACAGCACCCACCACUGUCAUCCCACAUAUGACAGCACCCACCACUGUCAUCCCACAUAUGACAGCACCCACCACUGUCAUCCCACAUAUGACAGAGGCCACCACUGUCAUCCCACAUAUGACAGCACCCACCACUGUCAUCCCACAUAUGACAGCACCCACCACUGUCAUCCCACAUAUGACAGAGGCCACCACUGUCAUCCCACAUAUGACAGCACCCACCACUGUCAUCCCACAUAUGACAGCGGCCACCACUGUCAUCCCACAUAUGACAGAGGCUGCCACUGUCAUCCCACAUAUGACAGAGGCUGCCACUGUCAUCCCACAUAUGACAGAGGCUGCCACUGUCAUCCCACAUAUGACAGCACCCACUACUGUCAUACCAGCCUUAUAUGAACCUAUUGAUUCUGAUUCUGAGACCUCAGUAUCAAGGCUUCUCUCCUAA